AUGUCCGCUCCCACGAUGGACAUGCCGCCGGUUGCAGGCAUGGUGGAUUUGCCCACUUUAGCCAAGAUGUACGCGGUCCUCAGCACCAGUCAUGAUGACGACGAUAAGAAUUUAGCGGCCUGGAUCAAGGAGAACUACCUUCCCCAAGACUUUGACGGAGUCAUCGAGCAGGGCGGUACCGCCAUAAAGGGCGCUGAGGGCUUUUCAAAGUUGUACAAUGCUUACAAGCGCGUGCGCAUACUCACCAAUCGAACCCAGGACAAGUGGCCAUUCUUUGACCGUCGAUGGAAGCGCAUGACUUCGGCUCAAGUGACAAAGAUGGCUACGAGCGACGACCCCGCGCCUCCAUCCAAUGCUUCGGCUGAGGUUCCCAUGAAAUCUCCACCGGUGCGCGAAUCCACAGAAGAAGGUCCAUCAAUGCCGAUGGCUCAACUACAAGCCCGCACAUCAUCUACCGCUCUCGGUCAGGCAACAACGACCCAGCCUCCUGCUGCAGAAACUAUCAAACCAGAAGUGACGCAGCAGCCAGCCAACAUGUCCGAACGAGUAGAGCGUUUGCCUACACCAAUUUCGCCCAACAUGGUAGCACAGACACGAUCUGAUCAUACCGAGAAAUCCAAGACGGUAAACGAUAUGUCUGCUACCUCAACUGCGGUUUCAAUCCUUGCUGUAGAAUCUGCACCCGAGCACUCCAACCUCGAUGAUCUACCCAGACCAUCUGGCGGGAAACGCAAACGCGAUCCCAAGGACUUCGAUGAGCGGGGACUCUUUGCUCGCGGCCAUGGCAACCUGCGUAAUAGGCGGGGCCGUUGUGGAGGCAAGGGUGGCCGAGGAUGUAAGAACAAAACACUUGCGACUGAGCAAGCCGACUCAACCGAUAAAGUGACAGAGCACACGCCGCCGACCUUCCAAGACACAUCAUCUCGCAAUGACAAAGACACUGAGAUGGCUCAUGCGCCUGUGAAGAAGCCAAAGACCGCCCCUCCAAAGCCUCGGGUGACUCGCCGACAGGCGCGCCUCUCUGGAGGCAGCGAUGAUCAAAAUUCGGCCAGCCAGGCGGUACCUGCGCUGGCUGAGCCGCAGACGAUUGGAUUCCCCAAAUUACAGGCGGGCAGUGAUACUACUGUCAACGACAACGAGCAGAAUAACACGGUGUCUCAAGCCCAUAAAGAUGCAGUAUUCACGGACAACGAAGACACAUUGAUUCCCGACGAUGACAGCGCUACCUCGAAUCUGACCAACACAGACCUCCUCGCCAUGGGUUUGUCGCACUACGAGCGACCCAGGACCAAGUCAGCUAACACGAUCGCAAAAGCUGAUCAGGAUACUGCCAAGCUUGACUCCAAGGCAAUUUCUUUAGAAAAGGCCGUGGGGCAAGACACCAAGUUGCGAGAGCUCGCAACGGUGACCUACUUUGCUCGCGUCAACACCGGUUCUGCUUCCUUCGAAGUCAGUCUCGACGACGCCAUGAACGAUAACAAGAAGCUAAACAGCGACCUCCUGGGCUAUGCCUCAUGGAGGCAGAAGAUGGGCGAGAAGGGGGCGAACGUCUCAUUCGACAUGUGGCUCAGCAUUUUCAACAUUGGUCGCUGA